CCACCUCCCCAAGCUUAAAAAAUUUGUUUAUGAACUCAUGUUGCACCCGGUAUGACUAUGAUUUACCACCCACAGUUCAGAGUGGGGACACUGAAAUACGUGGCUCAUAGAGGCUGGUGGUACUGGGUCUUGGUGAGUAGGAGCAAGCAAGACACUGCCCAAAAGCACCUCUACCUGCAUGAGCAUCCGUCCACAGAUUGUUAUAAGUUUUACAAUGGACUCUCUUGUUGCAGCAAAUACCAAAUUUUGCUUUGAUCUUUUUCAAGAAAUAAGCAAAGAUGAUCGUCAUAAAAACAUAUUUUUCUCUCCCCUGAGCCUCUCAGCUGCCCUUGGUAUGGUCCGCUUGGGUGCUAGAAAUGACAGUGCACGUCAGAUUGAUGAGAUACUACACUUCAACGAAUUUUCCCAGAAUGAAAGCAAAGAACCUGACCCUUGUCUGAAAAGCAACAAACAAAAAGUGCUAGGUGACAGCUCUCUGGAGGGGCAGAAAAAAAUGACAGAGUCUCUGGAUCAGCAGGCUGAGUCCUUAAACAAUGAGAGCGGACUGGUCAGCUGCUACUUUGGGCAGCUUCUCUCCAAAUUAGACAGGAUCAAGACUGAUUACACACUGAGUAUUGCCAACAGGCUUUAUGAAGAGCAGGAAUUCCCAAUCCGUCAGGAAUACUCAGAUGGUGUGAUUCAAUUUUACCACACGACGAUUGAAAGUGUUGAUUUCCAAAAAAACCCUGAAAAAUCCAGACAAGAGAUUAACUUCUGGGUUGAAUGUCAAUCUGAAGGUAAAAUCAAGGAACUCUUCAGCGAGGACGCUAUUAAUGCUGACACUGUGCUGGUACUGGUGAAUGCUGUUUACUUCAAGGCCAAAUGGGAAACAUAUUUUGACCAUGAAAACACAGUGGAUGCACCUUUCUGUCUAAAUGCGAAUGAAAACAAGAGUGUGAAGAUGAUGACGCAAAAAGGCCUCUACAGAAUUGGCUUCAUAGAGGAGGUGAAGGCACAGAUCCUGGAAAUGAGGUACACCAAGGGGAAGCUCAGCAUGUUCGUGCUGCUGCCAUCUCAAUCUAAAGAUAACCUGAAGGGUCUGGAAGAGCUUGAAAGAAAAAUCACCUAUGAAAAAAUAGAGGCUUGGAGCAGCUCAGAAAACAUGUCAGAAGAAUCAGUGGUCCUGUCCUUCCCCCAGUUCACCCUGGAAGACAGCUAUGAUCUCAAUUCCAUUUUACAACACAUGGGCAUUACAGAUAUCUUUGAUGAAACGAGGGCUGAUCUUACUGGAAUCUCUCCAAGUCCCAAUUUGUACUUGUCAAAAAUUAUCCACAAAACCUUUGUGGAGGUGAAUGAAAAUGGCACCCAGGCAGCUGCAGCCACUGGGGCUGUUGUCUCGGAAAGGUCAUUACCAUCUUGGGUGGAGUUUAAUGCCAACCACCCUUUUCUCUUUUUCAUUAGACACAACAAAACCCAAACCAUUCUCUUUUAUGGCAGAGUCUGCUCUCCUUAAAAGGCGAGCACUGUCUAGUACUUUGGAGCUGGAGGAAAAUAUCAAUUACAAUCUUCCCCUGGCAUACGAUGGGCAUUUGAGUUUUUGGUAAUAUCUAAAGCAUUCCCUUCAUCCUCUAGCCAUCAGCGUAUGCUUAUCUUGAUCUUUCUGUCACCCUGUAGCUUAUUUUCAUCUGAAUCUGUUAGUAUUGAAGGGCUGUUGUUCUCUACCCUAAACUUUCAAGCAUGAAAAUUCACCCUCUGUGACCUGAAGGUCAACACAAUUCAGAACAGUACCUACCUCCUUUUGAAGGAAUCCUAAAAGUUCAGGUCAUUAGACCAUUUCUAAGAGAUGGCCACUUUAACAUGGGCGGCAAGAGAACAUAUCUGACUGGAACGUGUUUGGAAACUCAGCUCUGUUUCUGGGGUAGUUAUGAUUGUGGUCAUCACUGGGCAAGAUGCCCUGUUUCUUCCUUUGACAGCUACUGCAUGGAAGAUGUCCCGUGAGGUCUUUUCACCCAGGAGAAGGUAGGGCUUGGGUGUAUUUAAGUGGUAGCUCAAAGACGUAUGAAUGCCCCAACCAGCACUCAUUUUGCACAGAGCAGAGGAAUGAUAUUUGUCUUGUGAUUUUGACACUGCCCCAGGAAAGUGGCUAGUGGAUUUAGAGGAGGUUUAUCUCAGUUUUCCUUAUUGAGUCCCCCAACAUUAUCAUCAAACACUUUCCUCUGUCUCUCCUCCCCCUAGCUCCAAGAAUUCCCACCUAUGGCUAGUUCCUCUUAU